AUGAUAUAUAGCCAGUCCGACGCCACGAGACCUCCUCUUGGGGUGUAUACUCUGUCUGCGCCAAUAGAGACGUCGAAAGGAGCCUCGACACCUGGUGCAUAUGACAGCCGCUUCCAUAUGAAGCUUGACCCCCGCAUCCACUGGCCGUAUAAUCGCAGUGACCAGUGGUAUAAGUCGAAGAUGGAGGAAGUCAAAGCUCGAGGUGGUCGGAAGGCAAACUUUGGCAAAGCAGCCAAGCGCAUGCGACAGCAGCGUUUGGCAGAAGAGCGCCAGGAAGAGGAAGAAAGAUUGGCCGUCUCUCGAGGCGAGCCACCGCAGGUCAACAACUCGCCGCGGCCGUGGUCACACCACAGGCCUAUGGACUUUGGCGAUGUCCCUGAGGAGGAGUUGCCAAUCUACGUCAGGAGAAACGAGGAGUGGUUACGGGGGGCGGCCUGGAUGCGCAAGAUGCGUGAGGAGGGUCAGCGGAGGGACGCUCGUCGUGCCGCUGGGUUCUUCAAAGAACAACUCUCCUCAAAUGGUCGAUAG